AUGCCAGCCAACCUCACGGAGGGCAGCCCCAGCCCCAACGGGACCACGCGCUCGCCGGAUUCCCACGCGGCCAGCUGCUUCCCCACAACUUUCCCAGAGGUCGUGGGAGAGGAGGAGGAAUGGGGCUCCUUCUACUCCUCCUUCAAGACUGAGCAGUUGAUAACUCUGUGGGUCCUCUUUGUCUUCACCGUCGUUGGAAACUCCCUUGUGCUGUUCUCCACCUGGAGGAGGAAGAGGAAGUCGAGAAUGACCUUCUUUGUGACUCAGCUGGCCAUCACAGACUCCUUCACAGGACUGGUGAACAUCUUGACAGAUAUCAUUUGGCGAUUCACCGGGGACUUCAUGGCACCUGAUGUGGUGUGCCGAGUGGUCCGCUACCUGCAGGUCGUGCUGCUCUACGCCUCCACCUACGUCCUGGUGGCCCUCAGCAUAGACAGGUACCAUGCCAUCGUCCACCCCAUGAAGUUCCUGCAAGGAGAAAAGCAGGCCAAGCUGCUCAUCGUGACCGCCUGGGGCCUCUCCUUCCUCUUCUCCAUCCCCACCCUGGUCAUCUUUGGGAAAAGGAAGCUCUCCAACGGUGAAGUGCAGUGCUGGGCCCUGUGGCCCGACGACUCCUACUGGACCCCGUACAUGACCGUCGUGGCCUUCCUGGUGUACUUCAUCCCCCUGACAAUCAUCAGCGUCAUCUAUGCCAUUGUGAUCCGAACAAUUUGGAUGAAAAGCAAAGCCCAUGAGACGGUGGUUUCCAACUGCUCCGAUGGAAAGCUGUGCACCAGUUACAACCGAGGGCUCAUCUCAAAGGCAAAAAUCAAGGCCAUCAAGUACAGCAUGGUCAUCAUUCUAGCCUUCGUCUGCUGCUGGAGUCCCUACUUCCUCUUCGACAUGCUGGACAACUUCAGCCUCCUUCCGGACACCCAGCAGCGCUUCUACGCGUCCGUGAUCAUCCAGAACCUGCCGGCCUUGAACAGCGCCAUCAACCCCCUCGUCUACUUCACGUUCGGCAGCUCCUUCUGCCUCGCCCGCAGGGAGCAAAGGUCACGGGAUUCCAGAACCACAGGGCGGGAGAGAAUCCAGAGGCACGAAAUGCAGGUCCUGCCCAACCCAGCGUUCAUCUAGACCCGGGCAGGGGCAGGGCUGGCUGAGCCCACAGC